AUGGCAGCUUCCGCUUUCCGUACAGCUCGCAUCGAACUCCCCAAAACCGCUUUCUUCCUCUGCGACAUGCAAGAGAGGUUCAAAGCCGCCAUUGCCAACUUUGACCUCAUUACAUCUACUUCCGCUCGCAUGCUCAAAGCUGCCAAAGUCCUCCAUGUUCCCGUUUUCACUACUGAGCAGAAUCCCAAAGUUCUCGGUGCGACAGUCUCCCCACUCAGCGACCUCCUCAAAGAGCUUCCAGAGCUAUCCUCCACCGCAGUCCACCCGAAGUCUAAAUUCAGCAUGGAUCUGCCAGACAUCACCGACAGAUGGCUCAAGAGCGCAGGCGAUAUCAAACACGUCGUCAUCUUUGGUAUCGAGAGCCACGUUUGUGUGCUUCAGACUACGCUCGACCUCUUGGAUAGGGGGAUUCAGGUGCAUGUCAUCAAGGAUGGUGUUUCGAGUUGCAAUGUUGGCGAGAUCGAUGUUGCUCUUGAGAGAAUGCGCGACUCGGGCGCCAAGAUCACCACCUCAGAGUCGGUACUCUUCCAGAUGCUGGUCGAUGCUUCGCAUCCCAAGUUCAAGGCCAUCUCUGGUCUCAUUAAAGAGGAGAAGCAGCAGAUCAAGGAUGCCGUCAACGCUCUCGCUCUUGCCAAGUACUGA